UUGCUGACAUGAUUAAUCAAAUUUUAUAUUUAUUCAUAUUUUGUUUACGAAUAUUUUCUAUACAUUGUGAGUCAUGCACAAUCCCUUCAACUGGACUCUCAGGAAACUGUGUCAUCUUAAACCAAUGUCCUACAAUAAAAGAGGAGUUUAGAAAAGAUUCAACAAAAACACCAGUUGUGUGUGAUAAAAAGUUAAGAACAAUCUGCUGCCCAGUUGAAACGUUAUCAGUUGAAAAUUCUUUAAGCUUUAGGGGAUUCCCUAAAACUCAGAAUCAGACAAAUAAUCAACAGUUUUUACAUUUUAAUGAAGCAUGUUCAAACUAUCGAAAAAAGAUGACAAAGAACGUGACAAUUUCCUCAUUCAUUGUCGAUGAGCCAGAAGAGCAUCAUUUAAUUAAUUAUUGCAACACAAAUCAAAGAGACAUUGGAGUUGCUGUGGAAAAGGAAUUUCCACAUGUUGCAUAUAUUUUUGGAAAGAUAAUACUAAAGAAUAGAAAUGGAAAUGUUGUCAAGCCAGUGCAACAAGUUGUUGAAACAAAAUGUUCUGGUUCGUUAAUUACGGAAAAUUUCGUGCUCACAACUGCUUUAUGUGUUAGUAAAAAUCGACAUUCAUCUGCAAUCGUUCAUUUUGGUGUUCUGAAUCUGACGUCGGAAUUUGAAGCUUAUUCAACAGUUGAAAUUCCAAAAAUUAACUUACUGACAUUUUUAGAAAUUACUUUACUGAGAUUAGUAAAUAGUAUGGAUGUAAAUGAAAGCAUUAUGCCAGCUUGCUUGUCGUCUGUAUCGAACGCAAAAUUUGUAUUGAGUGGCUGGACAGGAUAUAAAUAUGAAUGCAAUCCUCUCUUGAAAAAAUGGUACAUUCGAGAGGAGGAUGUUGAAAAUUGUGGAAAAACAAUGCUUUGUGUUGAUUCCAUAAACAUCAUCAACUAUCAUGAGACUCUUGUACCUGGAAGUCCACUUCACGUUUAUCAUCCUGAAAGCGACUGUCAAUACAUUAUCAAAGGGCUGUUUAAGCGAAUUUUCAUGGAAAAAUAUGAAUUUAUUUCUUUAAACAGUUAUUUGGCAAAUAAUCUUUUUGUAGCAGCAGUCAUAGUUGUACUGUCAAUCAUACCAAUCACCGAGCAAAGUGAUAAAGAAUAUGGCGAUUUAUUUACUAGUUUACAAGACGAUGAAACUAUUGAAACAAAAGCUCAUGACGGUGAAUAUGUGUGUAUUCGAAAAUACGUAAUAGAAGGUCACUUAACGACACAUCAAAUUGAUGAAAAUCCAAAGAAAAUUAACAUGUUUGAUGUAGACUGUAAGGAAGUUAUAAGAACAGCCAGAGGUAAUGCAGCAGAUACAAUGGCUAGUGAUGAAUAUUUAUCUGAAGAUCAAAAGAAAUGUGUCAGGAGGAAAUUUAUUAAUGGAAAACAUUUUGACGCCAUGGCUGUUGCUGUUGCUCUUAGGCAAAGCACAUUGUCACCAAAUCAAAUGGUUGAAGAGAAAACUAAGUUUAUUGAAAAAAUGAAUGAGAUGUCAAAAAGUCUCAAUGAAUGUGUCAUGAAGAAGAAAAAGAAGGAAGAGAAAAAGGAGGAAAAGAAGGAAGAGGAGAAAAAGGAAUAAUAGUAAGGGAUACAUCAUUUAAUAACCAACCCCUUAUAAAUAAAAU